AUGCAACUUCCUCUUGGAUACAAAUCUGGACAAUUUCCCACAGGAUCUAAGGUUGUUUGCAAACUGCAUAAAGCCAUUUAUGGUUUAAAACAAGCCUCUAGACAAUGGCAUUCUAAGUUUUCUACUGUCCUUAUUUCUCAUGGGUUCACACAGUCCAAAUCAGAUUAUUCUCUAUUCACCAAAGGUUCAGCCAGUCCUUCUUCUAACAACAUCUUGGCUAUAAAAUCCUUUCUGCAAAAUCAGUUUAAGCUUAAAGACUUGGGAUGUCUUAAGUAUUUUUUAGGACUGGAAAUAGCUCGUGCAAAGAAGGGAAUAGUUCUCUCUCAAUGUCAUUAUGCUUUGCAAUUAUUAGAAGAGACUGGCUUCCUUGCUGCCAAGUCUGCCCCUGUUCCUAUGGAUUCCAAGUUGGUGCUUAAUAGUUUAGAUGGUGAUCCUUUGCAAGAUGCCUCACAGCAUAGAAGGUUGAUUGGCAAGUUAUUAAAUUUGACUCUAUCCAGACCUGACAUCACAUAUGCAGUCCAUAAAAUGAGUCAGUUUGUUUCUCAACCUCGUACUCCUCAUUUAAAUGCAGUUCAUCAGCUUCUCAGGUAUAUCAAAGCUCAUCCAGGUCAGGGACUUCUUUUUCCUGCUUCAUCAUCAUUUCAGUUGAAAGCUUUUAGUGAUGCUGAUUGGGGAGCAUGUCAUGAUUCUCGAAGAUCUGUGACUGGUUUUUGUAUUUUCCUUGGUGACUCCCUGAUUCCAUGGCGUGCUAAGAAGCAAACCACUGUUUCAAGAAGUUCUGCUGAGGCUGAAUAUAGGGCCAUGGCUGCCACAGCUGCUGAAGUGUGCUGGCUCUCACAGUUACUAGUUGAUCUUGGUUUCAGCCAUACUUCUCCAGCCUUAAUGUUUUGUGAUAACCAAGCGGCUGUGCACAUUGCUUCUAAUCCUAUUUUUCACGAGAGGACAAAACACAUCGAGAUUGAUUGCCAUUUUGUUUGGGAACAAGUUACUUCCGGGCGUAUCAGAUUAAUGCCCAUACGGUCCCAUAAUCAACUUGCAGACCUGUUUACUAAAGCUUUACCCGCUUCACUUCUUUUUCCUCUUUUGUCCAAGAUGGCAGUGUUAGAUAUCCACUGUCCAUCUUGA